AUGUCUUCCCCUAUCCCCUUCCCCAAGGGCUUGCCCAUGAUCGACCUCCCCCGUGUGUCCCUUGGCAACCUGCUUAGACAAGACGAGAAGGAGCUCGACAAGCUCUUCGAUAUAUGUCUCUCGACCGGCUUCUUCUAUCUCAACCUACAGGACUGCCCUGAAGGGGAACAACUCUGGAACCAGGCGGUUAAGGUCUGCGAUUUGGGUAAAGCCACCUUGCCUGUGCUCGACAUGGAGACAAAACUUUCAUACAAAUCUCGUGAGACGACGGGAGUCUUUGACCUUGGGUACGUUGUCAGACGGUAG